AGCAUUCCCUUGCCCGACUCGGCCUUGGCCCAAACCAAAAGUUGGAGUCAUGAUUCCUCCAAAAAAACAGCCUACCCCGGCGGAGGGCCCAAAGGUGGCCACGGACGCUCCCCCCAUUUUCGUUGUCCUCCUGCCUGCGGGCGAGUCGGAGUUACAAGCGAAGGGGACGCAGAAAGUGGGCUGGGGUCAAGAUGGACUCAGCCCAAAAGGCAUCGAGCAAGCAAAGAAGGCGGGCAAACUGAUGUCGCAGAGCGGAAUCCAAUUUGACGCAGUCUUCACUUCCGUGCAAAAGCAGGCCGUUUACACUGCAUGGACUGCCUUGAUGGAGGGUCAUGAUUUGGCCGUCCCGCAAUACAAGUCCUAUCGCCUCAACGACCGGCACUGGGGGAAGUUGCAAGGCCGAAGUGAAAAAGAUUUGGAGCAGAGCUACGACAAGGAGCACCUCAAGAAUUGGAUGAAGGAUGCGCCUCCGCCUUUGGAGCACAGCAAUGUUCAACAUCCUAUGCAAGAUCCGCUGUACAGGGCUAUCCCGCAGACGCUUCAACCUGGGUCCGAGUCCAUGAGGAAUGUCUUCGAUCGCGUGCUGCCGCUCUUGAGCGAUAACAUCACACCCAUGCUCCAAAUGGGCAAGAGCAUCUUGGUUGUUGGACAUGACGCCUCAAUCUAUGCCAUGUGCCAGUUGUUGGAGGGCGACGAUGAAUAUGAAGAUGAGGAAUUUCCCCAGGGCGAGCCGUGGAUUCUGGAAAUCGAUCAGGAGCUCUUCGUCAGGAAGAAGGUGGUGUUGAAUGACGGUUUCUUGCGGCGCUUGCAGUUCCGCUUCUCCGACACCGCCGGCGAUCUGGUUCCAAGCAACCCUGAGAAGGCCGCGGGGAACGCCGGCAACGCCGGCAACGCUGGCAACGGGGAGGGCAAUGCAGCUCCGCCGAAGGUCAAGGAGGAGUACACCAUCGAGGUGACGAUUUUCUCCGCCAAGAACUUGCGAGAUGCGGAUUGGAUGUAUGGGACGUCUGACCCCUACUGUUGGGUCAAGACCAGCAACAAGGUGGCUGGAGGGGUGGUGGUAACGAUUGGCGGAUUUAGCUGGUUGGCGGGUUGGUGGAAGUUCAACCAGCGUGGUGGCUUCAGUCUGCCAGUGCUGGACCUGUCGCCCUUCAUGGGCCCUGGCUUCGGUGAAACCGAUCGCAUAGAAGCGGCCCGGGCUCUGGAUGACGCCUGCAGUAGUGUGGGUUUUUUCUACCUGGAGGGCCACGGUAUUGUCUCGGAGGAGAUCGAGCAUCUCCACCGCCUGGCAAAGCAGUUCUUCUCCCUGCCUACUGCGGUGAAGGAGAUCCGCCGGGACAGGGUUUGA